GAGAAACCCGGCGGGACAGGCAAGUGAGGAGAGAGCGCCUCUAGCCUGAGAGGGCUACUGGAACGGAGAAUUGACUCUAGUGGUGCGUAUAGGUGGGAGCUAUGACUGAACGGAGCCCACUCCUUACCUAUCGGCUCAGCAGCCUGUCAGCAGAAGAGCCCCGUCAGAAUGGGAGCGUACGCCAUGGGAAGCGCUCGGCUACCCGAAAACUCUCCACCUUCCUGGGGGUGGUUGUACCCACCUUGCUGUCCAUGUUCAGUGUGGUGCUCUUCCUUCGGAUUGGAUUCGUGGUUGGACAGUCGGGCCUCUAUGAAACAGUGGGGAUGCUUAUAUUGUCCUAUUUCAUCAUCAGCAUGACUGUUCUGUCAGUCUGUGCCAUUUCUACUAAUGGCGCACUGGAUGCGGGUGGCGCUUAUUAUAUGAUUAGUCGGGCACUGGGACCUGAAUUUGGAGGUAGCAUUGGAAUUAUGUUUUUCUUGGCCAAUGUGUGCGGCAGUGCUUUAUACAUUUUAGGUCUGGUGGAAGCUAUUGUGGAUAUGUUUGGCUUCUCCCCAGACCAAGCAGUGAAAAAUGGACUUCAUGUUCUUCCCAUAACCUACUGGUAUGAAUUUCUCUAUGGAACAGUUUUGCUUCUCAUCUGCCUUGUUGUGUGCCUGGUUGGAGCCAGUAUCUACGCCAAAGCCACCUUCAUUAUUUUCCUGGUAGUCAUGGUGGUUUUGAUCAGUGUCUUUAUUAGUUUCUUUGCUGUAAAAGAAACAGUCGUUCCACUUCCACAAGGCAAUACAUCUAUUUCAGUCAACGGAACGUUUACGGGCUUCAAGCUCUCUACCCUCAAGAACAAUCUCUACCCGGACUAUUCAGUUGAUUACACUACAGGAAGGAUGAUGAGUUUUACUACAGUCUUUGCUGUGAUGUUCAAUGGGUGCACAGGGAUAAUGGCUGGAUCGAAUAUGUCUGGUGACCUGAAGAACCCAAGCUUCUCAAUCCCUAGAGGAACAAUCACUGCUGUAAUCUUCACUUACAUUAUCUACAAUUUGCUGUCCCUGAUGGUCUGUUGUACCUGUGAGAGAGCCCUCCUGAAGUAUGAUUAUGGCUUCCUACGGGACAUCAAUAUCUGGCAUCCUUUUGUCACUAUAGGGAUUUAUUGUUCCACCCUGUCAGCCUCAAUGAGUAAUCUAAUUGGGGCUUCACGUAUCCUCUAUGCUCUGGCAAAAGAUGAACUUUUUGGGAAACUCUUGAUGCCAGCGAAGAAGACAUCCCGUGGAGGAAAUCCCUGGGUAUCUGUAAUUAUGUCCUGGUUUCUGGUUCAGUUGGUGUUGUUUGCUGGAAAGUUAAACACUAUUGCUGCUAUCGUGACAAUUUUCUUCCUGUUGGUGUAUGCAGCAGUAGGCCUAGCCUGCCUGGCACUGGAAUGGGCAUCUGCUCCAAACUUCAGGCCCACUUUCCGCUACUUUACGUGGUAUACAUGUAUCCUGGGAAUCUUGGGUUGUUUAAUCAUGAUAUUCCUUAUCCAACCAAUCUAUGCCUCUGCAAGCGUGGCCUUUAUGCUGGUACUUCUCCUGUGUCUGCAUUACAUGUCACCCAACCAUAGCUGGGGCUUCAUCAGUCAGGCCCUCAUCUUCCAUCAGGUGAGGAAGUACCUUCUUAUGUUGGAUGUGCGUAAAGAUCAUGUCAAGUUCUGGCGUCCCCAGAUUCUUCUGAUGGUCUCAAGUCCACACAACCACAAAAGCCUCAUCACUUUUGCAAAUGACCUGAAAAAGAGUGGAUUGUUUGUACUGGGACAUGUGGAUCUGGAUGAGCUUGAUGUACUGCCAUCAGAUCCUCUACAAGCACAAACCGAUACAUGGCUGCAGCUGGUGGAUGAACUUAACAUCAAGGCCUUUGUCAACCUAACUCUUUCUGACUCUGUCAGACAUGGCGUUCAGCAGCUGCUCUUCAUCUCUGGCCUGGGUGGAAUGAGGCCAAAUACUGUUGUUCUUGGGUUCUACAGCCGAUCAGCUCCACAGGACUUGCAAAAGAAUGAGCAAGAAUUGGACACAGUGGGUUCUUUUAUGUUUUCUUCAACUGGCAGAAGGCCUUCUACAACAAACUUUUCCCCCUGGGAAUAUGUGGCUAUUAUUUCUGAUACCAUCAAAAUGUCUAAAAAUGUGGCACUAGCAAGAUACUUCUCUGAGUUUGACAAGUCUUCUGUGUGUAAACUGCGUGGAAAAGAAACAUACAUUGAUGUAUGGCCACUUAACCUUCUGCGUCCAGACAGCACAGCUUAUGUGGACACCUGCAGUUUGUUUUUAUUGCAGAUGGCUUGUGUGCUAAACAUGGUGAGGUCUUGGAAAAAAGCAAAGUUGCGCCUGUUUUUGUGCAUUGAGGCUGAGAGUGGUUUACAGGGCCAAGAGGUCAAACUAAAGCAGUUACUUAAAGACCUUCGAAUCAAGGCAUCCAUUAAUACAGUUGCAUGGGAUUCCGUAGUUGCUCUGCACUGGCUCAAGCAAGGGACUGUAGACUCAGAAGCAGCAGAGGAGGUCUACCUGAACUUUCCCAAUAACUCUAUACGCAUUUCUGAAGAAUAUUUGGAGGCUGUAAACCAAAUGAUUUUGAUGCAGAAUCCAUUGUCUCCUCCAGCUGUGAGGUUUCUUUACCUUCCACGUCCUCCAGCAGACACAGCCGUCUACAAUAGGUUUCUUCACCAGCUGGAGGCAGUAACCAGAAACCUAGGACCCACUUUGCUCAUCCAUGGAGUAAGUGCUGUCACAAGCACUGAAUUAUAAAAAAAUAAAUCAGCAAAUGAAAAUAAUUGGAUUAUUAACAAAGGUAUACUGCUGCAGACUGAGUACAUGCCAAAAAGGACCAAACUGGGAAUGCCUUGAUGAAACAAGCAUGUCAGAUAUAUGAUAUCAGCUUGUUAGACUUUCAUUUAGAAACCAUAGAACAGUGCACUAUCCUUAUUGUAAGGAAUUAACUCACUGAAAGUGUACAUGAUCCAUUGGUUCAUAACUUUGUUUUAUUCUGAUUACUUUUUACACAUAACAGUAUUUAAUUACUGUUUUUUUUUUCUUUUGUUCCUUGACUUUAUUUAAAGAAUUUACUAAUACUGUUUCUGAGCUUUUCUCAUUAUAUGAAGACACUGCUCUUGCACUUAACACUGAACAAAUUUAAUUAAAAAAAAUCAGAUUUA